AUGAGUUAAUAAUUUUAAGUAAAGGGUACAAAAUCGACUUAUAUCAUAUUUGAUAAGGUAUUAGGAAAAGGAGCUUAUGGUGUAGUAUUAUUGGCAUAGGAUAUAAAUUCUGUUAAUCAGUUUGCUGCUAAAAUUGUAAGAAAACAAAUAAAUAAUUUAAGAUAAGCAAGAAAUCUCUCAGUCAAACAGACAUAAUAAACUUAAGAAAUGAAAUAAACAUCUAAUCAAAAUUAUAGCAUCCAAACAUUGUUUCGAUGGUUGACGCUUUUGAAGAUAAAAAUUACUUAUAUAUGUUACUUGAAUAUUGUAAUGGAGGGUGUUUAUUUACAAAUAUCUAAUUAAGUGGGCCAUUAAGAGAGGAAAAAGCUCAAAAAUAUUUUGUUCAAAUUGUAUAAGCUGUACAAUAUCUACAUUAAAAGAAUGUUCUUCAUAGGGAUAUAAAAGUAACAUAUUUUUGUAUUUUAGUUAUCAAACCUACUAUUAACUAAAGAAGACUAAAUAAAAUUAGCGGAUUUUACAUGGAGCACAUCACUUUAAAUGGGCUAUGCCUCUCCUUAAAUUUGUGGUACAUUAGAAUAUAUGCCACCAGAAGUUACCAAAAAUGGGUUUUAAAAUGAAAAAUUAGAUAUUUGGAGUUUAGGAAUAGUAUUAUAUGUAUUUUCUUGAUUUUAAAUCGUUUUAAGGAAAUGCUCCAUAAUGAUCUUCCGAAAAAUGGAAAAAUAAUUAUCAAACAUGGUAUAAGUGAAGAAUGCAAAUAAUUGAUUAAACAAAUGUUGGAAGUAGAAACUUAUAAAAGACCUUCGACAUAAGAAGUAUUAUCCAGUUCAUGGGUCAAAAAGUUUUCGAGAAAUAACGGGCUUACAAUUAACACUUGUAGAAGUCUUUCUGGAUUCAAAGACAAAUUAGGAUCACCUUAAAAAACACCUUAAAUGGGCUCUCCAUUAGGUUCACCAUUAAGGACUGCUUAUGGUUCACCUUUUGGAUCACCAGGAGCAUCUCCUUUAAAUACUCCUUUAGGGAAAUGUGCAUUUGGAUAAAAAAAUGUAGAAACAGAGCCAGUCUCAAAAUAGAGGGUUAAUACUCAAAAACUUUGCUGAGUUUUAACUUAUAUCUUUCUAUAAUCCAAU